AUGACUCAAGUAUUCACCUACACAUUCGACACGCCCACCUUCAAGGGUACUACUAAAGUCAACACAAGUCUUUUCAUCAAUGGAAAAUUCGUCGACCCCAUUGAGGGCGGCUCCAUUGAGGUGACUAACCCAGCUACUGCAAAGGUGAUCACGUCCGUCGCUGGGGGCACAAAGAAAGACGUCGAUGUCGCAGUUAAAGCGGCUAAGGAGGCUUUCAAGAAAUCGUGGGGCCUCAAAUGCCCUGGCGCCCAAAGAGGGCGAUAUUUAUCCAAGCUGGCCGACCUUGUUGAGCAGAACAUUGAUGAGUUGGCUGCAUUAGAGACUCUGAAUGUUGGAAAACCGUUCAAGGUCGCAAAGAAUAGUGAUAUUACUGAUAUGAUCGCUGUUCUGAGGUACUAUGCCGGAUGGGCGGACAAGAUUCAUGGCAAAGUGGUUGAAACCUAUGAGGAAAAGUUCAGCUACACUCGACAUGAACCUUACGGUGUUGUGGGCCAAAUCGUACCAUGGAACUUCCCUAUGUUGAUGGUAGGGUGGAAACUCGGUCCGGCGCUUGCGACAGGAAAUACUGUUGUUCUGAAGCCAUCCGAAAUCACUCCUCUGACUGCUCAGCGUCUCUGCGACUUCAUCAUCGAGGCCGGGUUCCCACCUGGUGUUAUCAACGUCGUCAACGGUUACGGUAACACGGUCGGCCAAGCAAUCAGUGAACACCCAGAUAUCUCCAAGGUCGCUUUCACCGGUAGUACUUUGGUGGGAAGAAAGAUCCAAGAAGCAUCAGCUAAAUCGAAUUUAAAAGCCGUUAGCCUCGAGCUUGGAGGGAAGAGCCCGUGUAUCAUCUUUGAUGAUGCGAACAUUGACCAAGCAGUGAAGUGGACUGCUUCUGGCAUCUUCUCCAAUGCAGGCCAAGUAUGCAAUGCUUCCUCUCGAAUCCUCCUUCAAGAGAGCAUCUACGACACCUUUGUCGAAAAGUUCGCUGCGCUCGCCAAGAGUCUGCAGCACGUAACCGGUGACCCUUUCGAUGAGGAUACCAAACACGGACCUCAGGUUUCACAGAUACAAUUUGACCGCGUCAUGGGAUACCUCGACUCCGCGAGGGAGGAGGGAGCUAAAUUCCAUGUUGGAGGAGAGAAGCAUCAUCAUGAGAUGGGAGAGGGAUUCUUCAUCCAGCCGACUAUCUUCACCGGCAGUCCCCACAUGAAAGCAGUCAAAGAGGAGAUUUUCGGACCAGUGGCCGCAAUAAUUAAGUUUAAGACUGAGGAAGAGGCGAUCGAAUUGGCCAAUGAUUCGGCCUACGGUCUAGCUGCGGCUGUCUUCUCCGAGAACUCGAGUAGAACAGUCCGAGUAACCCAUGCUCUAGAAGCUGGCACUGCCUACGUGAAUUGCUAUGGUGACAUCGAGGCUUCCUUGCCAUUUGGAGGUUACAAGCAAUCAGGUAAUGGGCGGGAGUUGGGCGAGUAUGCGUUGAAUAUGUACUCGGAAAUCAAAGCCGUGCAUGUGAACAUCGGAAUUACUUUGUAGGACAGGAAGAACCGAGACUGAAUGAGAUGCCCAGAUUUUUUGUACCACCACAACCUGUAUUUUUAGGGUGUGCUAACCGCCGAUCGAAAUGAAUGAGAAAGUAUGUUGACUUCGCGCUGUCAAACAUAGAGAUUCCCGUAUAUGCCGCUGGCUAAUUAGCUGCUACGUUCGCUGUGCCUUGUUAAAAUGCUUUGGGAUUGUUCUCCCGAAGUGCAGCACGACCUUUAGGAUGACAUAAAGUGAUAGCUCUCAGAUAACAACUUUCGAAGAAAAAGGUCCAUAGUUAUGUACACGGUGUGCGGUGUAAUAGCCUCAAGAAACUAAUAAAUGGUAGAAAUAUGUGUGCCAUAUUAGACAAGAUUUCAAUCAGUUCCCAUCAUUGCGGCA